AUGGCCGACCAGCCGCCGCAGAAGGCGCAAGGCCUGCCGAACCCAUAUGGUCUUCCCAACCCCUACGCCCAGAAAGGCCUUCCGAAUCCGUAUGCCGCGGCCACCAUCUCUGCUGCGCCUGUCAAGUACACAGAGGAACAGGCCAAGGCCGAGCAGCUGAAGAAACCUGCUUUCCAUAAUCCUCACCAAAUCAAGCGUCCCCAGGCCAAGAAGGCUGUCCCAACUGUCAAGAGGGCCACCAUGCCUGUGGCUGCCCCGCUCUCUUCGUCAGUUCCUGGACCCGCCAAUCCUCAGCAGCAUGGCAUCGACUACUACCGAAGCACCGCAGAGGACGAUGCUUCCAUUCUGGAAGAGCGCAGGAUGCGCGCGUAUGAGGAGAAGCAGAAGAAGAAGGAGCAGAAGAAGUUCACCAAGAUGUACGGACUUCAUGAGCCUCUGGCCGCUCAUAAGCCCGACAAGCCGUCCAACUUGCUAGCUUACAAGGCGCAAGGUGGUUACCGACGCAAGAAGGAAGGCUUCACUGCCUUCUUGCGUGGAGCUGCCGCUCAGCAUAAGUCUCGCGAUGGCAGUGAGGAAGCCAGUGGCACCCCGUCGGCGUCUUCGUCUAGCUCAACCCCUGCUUCAGUUGCGACCAAGCCUUCAUUCGCUCCACCUGCAUACUACGACGACAAGUCUGCGGCACCCUCGUCCGACCCUUCAGGAGAAGAUGCUUAUGCCCGCCGCAUGCGUCUGUCGCAGCAGCAGUCUGAUGCCGUGCCUCCGCCACCUCCGUCGGUCACAGAUGACUAUGUACCUCCGCCUCCUCCCCCGCCAGCUGGUUCACCACCAGCCCCGCCGGGCUAUCAGGGUGCUACCAUCUCUGCGCCUCCAGUCCGAUACGCGGCCGCCACUAUAUCUGCGCCUCCAGUCCGGUAUGAGCGUCCUGACGUACAGAUGGAAGAUGCAGACAACGAGCCCGCCCAUGACGAACGCCCCGCCAAACGCGCCAAGAUCAGCAAAGCCGAAGCCAUGAUGAAUAAGAUGGGUUACAAGAAGGGCCAAGGUCUCGGAAAGAACAACGAUGGUGUCGUUACCCAUCUGGAAGUCAAGAAGCGCAGGGCCCCUCAGGGCGCAGGCAAUCUCGACGCCAACGGCAGAGUCCAGUCUCAACAGGUCUGGGAUGUCAGUGGCGGUAUGCGUAUUCAGAAAGACGAGCCUAGCAAAUUCGGCGACAAGUCAAGUGUCGUGGUCACAUGGGGUUGCGUCGACGGUGUUGACUGGGACGCCAACGCCGAGCGCAACGACGGUGGCAUCCGACAAGACAUGGGCGAGGCAUUCGGCAAAAAGUUCGGUGGCGAUGUCGAGCGUAUCCAACUGGACGAGAGCAACAAGGAUGGCGUAGUCUACAUCCAGUUCAACUCCCCGAUGGCCGCCCUCAACGCCGUGAACCGCUUCGACGAAGGAUGGGAGUUCAGAGGCAGGAAGAUCCGCGCCCAGUACUACGACGAGCGCAAGUUCCACUCUGGCAUCUACGACUACUAG